UUUUUAUGUGGCUGGUGGUUGGACGGGUAUGAUGAAGUUUCUUAUGGAAGGAUUUUCAGUGUCUAGUUUAAUACGAUUUCAACUGAAAUUUACAGUUGAGCAACUGGUAAAUGUUUGGUUGUAAAACAGUGGUAAAGUAGUUUAUUAGUGUAUGAAAAGAACGGCCUCGCUGAUCCCGAUGAUCCCUCAUGGAUAGAGAUUUGAAACAAUGGGUGACUGGAGUUUUCUGGGAAGGCUUUUGGAGAAUGCGCAGGAACACUCGACAGUGGUAGGCAAGGUUUGGUUGACUGUGCUCUUCAUCUUCCGAAUCCUAGUUCUGGGGGCUGCGGCUGAGGAAGUCUGGGGAGAUGAGCAAUCCGAUUUCACCUGCAAUACCCAGCAGCCUGGUUGUGAGAACGUCUGCUAUGAUAAGGCAUUUCCCAUCUCUCACAUCCGAUUCUGGGUGCUCCAGAUCAUCUUCGUGUCAACGCCUACCUUGAUAUAUCUGGGCCAUGUACUGCACAUUGUGCGGAUGGAAGAUAAAAGGAAAGAGAGGGAAGAAGAGAUUAGAAAAGCCCAGAAUGAAGCAGACAAAGAACUGCUGCUUAAAAAUGGUAAAAAGGAGAAGCUUCCUUUUAGAGAUGACCAUGGCAAAAUCCGAAUUCAAGGGGCUUUGCUACGCACCUACGUUUUCAAUAUAAUUUUCAAAGCGAUGUUUGAAAUUGGAUUUAUUGUAGGUCAGUAUAUCUUGUAUGGCUUUAAGCUUAGUCCACUGUAUCGGUGCAAUAGAUGGCCAUGCCCCAACACCGUGGACUGCUUCAUAUCACGGCCAACAGAGAAGACUAUCUUCAUCCUAUUUAUGCUUGUGGUGGCUUGCGUGUCCCUUUUCUUGAACCUAAUGGAAAUCUAUCACCUCGGAUGGAAGAAGCUGCGACAGGGUGUAACCAACCGACAGCCCCCGGAACUGGAGAAGAAGCCGGAGCCCCUGACGCCAAUCACAAGAACUGCCCCAAGCACCUUCAGCUAUCCAUACUUCCCAGACACAGCCGAGGGACCCCAUCCCUACCCCGGAGGCCCGCCGAAUGAGUUCAAAAUGGCGGCGUUGCCCGAGGAUAGGUCGCCGUACAUAGCAUACAACAACAAAUUGGCUGCCGAGCAGAACUGGGCCAACAUGGCCGCCGAGCAAAACCGCCAUCUCAGCGCCAGCAACGACAAUGGUAACGGGAGUCAGGAGCAUGCGCUCCUCGUGCCGGCCAAUCAGGAGAGCGCGUCUGCGGGCGGGGUUCCGCGCGGCAACGGUCACCUGACCACAAUGGCCGAGAUGCACGAGGCUCCCGUUACUGACACACGACCGUUGAGCCGGGCCAGCAGAGCAAGCAGCGGCCGAGCAAGGUCGGACGAUCUGGCGGUUUAGCGUCCGCUUCAGACAUCACUCGUCCUCCUUCAUCCUCUCUUAAAUCGGUACAAAAUUUUAAUAUCAAAUCGGGUAGGUGGGAGAACCAUGCAUGCUGAGAAGCAUGUAAUUGCGAUGCGCUCCCGGAGUUAUAUUGUUAGUGGUUUUCACAGAGCCGAUUUUGUUAAAAGUUACACGCCUGUUAGCUUAAACAUUUAGAUAUGUUCCGAUUUUAUGUUUUUCAUAAACGAAAAUCUACUGAUUAACUUAAUUAAGUAGACAGCCAAAAAUGACUAUGCUCUUGAUUUCGCAUCAUGUGGAAGUUAAACCGGAUUCAGGAAAGUAUACUUCCAAUUGAUUUAUGAUCAUUAAUUUCACCUCUAAGAGCUCAUUUUACCGAACCCCCUACUACAUGUUGACUUAAGAACUGUACUUUUUAAUACGUUAAUCACUAUUUUAUGGCAAGGUAAGAUGUCUACAGUAAACUCGAUAAACAACUCCUUAAAUGUCUUAUUCAAGUUAAAAAUAUGCACUCUGAUUGUAAUCUGUUCUCUUUAAAUGAAUAAGUACGUAAAGUCUUUAAAGCCGAACACCAAAUUGCAGAAUGCUUCAUCACUCAUGAGACAUACUCAACUUAGAUCUACUAAAGAGUUGCAAUAUUUAACUUCUUGGUUUUCAUCCAUCUCCAGUGUUCUACGUGGCUCAACAAUGUUGUAAAAUAUUAAAUUGUUCUGCUUAUAGUGACAAAAGACAAGGAAUGAAUGCAUGUUUUAUAGCAUAUGGUACAUGGAAAUAACAUGAAUUUAAGUGUAUUCUAAAAAGUAUCAUGGCAAGGUAGCAAGCAAACCAAUUAUAGAGUAAGGGGGAUACAUUGCAGUUUAUUUGUGUGUGAGGGUAUGUUUGUGUGUGUUAAUAGAUACAGUACUAUUCUGACAAAUUUAGGAGUCCAUCACACUUGACUACAUCAGAGCAGAAGAUGGGUUAGAAUGACCAAGAAGUAAUAUAAAAUUAUAGUUUGCAAUAAAACCAAAAGUAAUUUUUUUACUUUUUAAAAAGGUUUUUAGGUUAAGUUUACCAUCACAACAUGGUUUUUAAAAAAACCAUCAAUAAAAUUGAAAGUCCCAAGUGUUUAUUUACCUUUCCAACACCAUGUUAAAUUUGGAACGAUCAAACAGUAGUUCUGUAAUUACUGCUAUAAGCCUUAAUUGUGAGAGAUGACAACAUACUACUAAUAUUCCAGGGCUAGGACAUGAUGCUGCAACCUACUUUUCAUUGCUGGAAGAAAGAAAAACAGUGAAUUGAAUUUUGUUGCUUUAGGUACUUAGUUUUGAUGUGUUUUCGAGAUUAGGAAUCUUGGCUAUUAUCAGGAAAACAAGUGUUAAAAUGUCAAUUGCCCUUGACAGCCAUGGUAGAAUCUUCAAAGAAUCAUUAUGCAAAACAAGGCUGCACAGGCCAUUCAUAAUCACAUCUUUUUAGGAGAUGAGAACCUGAGUAAAAGUUGAUAAAACUUUCAGGAAUAAAGGACAUACAGAAACUGUUAUGUAUUAGAGGUAUUCUAGGUUUCAUCUGUACUUCAAAGUCACAUUGACUUUGGAAACAGAUUUUAUGACCAGCAACCUCUUUUCCUUUUUAAAAAAAAGAGAGCAAUGCUAUUACUUUAAUUGCAUGGUUUAAUGCAAGAGCUAUUGUCAAAAUGUAGUCCAUUUUCCGAAGUACCCUAACUCAAAAAAAAUCUUAGAACAGACUUACUUGUGGCGUUGUUUUUAGUUAUAGUGAAAAGAUAAACAAACAAAUCUGCUCUUAUCAAUGAGUUGAUCUUCUUAUAUAAUGUUUUAAACAAUUGGCAUUUGUUUUGAUGAAUCCAAUAGAUAAUUGGCGAAAUAAACAAACAAAAUUACAUAUUUCUUGAAUUAAGGAAUCAAAAGUUUCCUUUAAUUUAAUUUUCAAGGAUUAAUUUAAUUUUCUAUCUUGGGAUUACUUUAUUUAUGAAACCCUUAACAUUAUUAACUAAAUAAAUGAAGGAAUAAGCUUGUAGGUGUAAUAUUUUUAACAUUCUUUAUUUGCACCUAUUUUCUUGUACUGUAUGUGAUGUCUUUGUGACAGUGUUACGGUUUCUGAAAGUUUACGUCUAAAAUUGCACAUUUGAGCAAACAAAAAAUAAGAUGCCAAAGUUUAUAUUGUUGGAUACCAAAUUUUAAGAAAAUAGCCCUGCCGAUAUGUAUCGAAUUCAAAGUAAAUGUCUUAAUACUAAAUUGGGGCUCUUCACAGAAAAGGCAGUACAUACAAUAAAAAAAAUUCUGGUAUACACAUGAAAGUUAUUACAUUUGUUAUUGUAUUACACCUAAUUUAUGCUGAAUGUGAGAAAUACACAGCUUUAGCCACAGAAUAAUUUACCUUGCGAUAGAAAAUCAUGUAGCAUUGGGAUAUAGCAGUGGGGCAUAUUUGGUGAUUAGUCCAGUAUACAUUUACUACACCAGAAGACUAUAUUAGGUGAGAAAAUAUUUUGUACACUAAAUUUGAGUUGACUAAUUAGGUUUCUUAAUUCAAUGUGUUGCUUUCUACUAUGCUUUUCGUUAACAGCCAAAGAUUUGCCUAGAGGUUUCAAAGCCUGCUUGUUGCCCAUGAAAACAUUCUAUUACUUACCUAAUACAGUAUAUCCUCUCAUUCAGAGGCAAAGUAUUUCUGGGCAGUCAAGGGCAUUCAAUGAUUUGGAGCAAAAACAGCAAAGCUGUUUUAAGUACUGUCUUUAAAGAUGUGCCUUAUGUAUUAUAAUCUGUAAGAGCAAAUUGAUGUAAAUGUUAAUUUACCUCAAAUGUUUACAAAAGUGUUAUCUAAUAAAC